GGUUUAAUGGAUGACUUUAUGUGAGUUUAAAGUUUGCAUGGAGCAAUUUAAUAAAAGAAGACGUGAAACACGUAUGCAAUCGAAAGUAAAAAGUACUGUUAGCCAAGCACGGGGAAGGAAACGAACAAUAGGAACUAAACCGACAUUUUUUCUUUUUUCACAAAGACUAUUCUAUGUACAGUGACCUUUCGUUCUAAGUGUGACAACACAGUGUCCAUUGAUUAUAAGACUGCAAAUUCAAUACGACCCAGAUUGCAACAUACAGUUUAAUACAGAUGUCACAUGAUAAAUACCGUUUUAUUAAGGAAACAUAAGAGAAAUCAACGGAAGUGUUACAUACAAAGAAGAGGAAAUGAAAUAUGGUAAUAAGAGAUAGCAAACGAGGAGAUACAUUCAAAGCACGUGCAAUUGAGGUGUGACAUCAUGGCGUCAUUAGAUGACGACAACAAUUCUGGAAAAUUAUAUCCGCUUCCAAUAUAUUUUGAGAAUGACGGUUCAUCAAGAGAAACUAUGCCAGCUGAGGUGCGUGGCCGUGGAAGAAGCAGACCACCUGCUCCUUACAGGGGUCGAUCUCGGGGCGGCCGUAGAGGAUCCCACCAUGGAGACAAUAAUGGAACAGAUGGUACGCAGGUCACAUCUAAUGAAAGAGGGCGAAACAGGGGUAAUUUGAUACACCGAGGUCGAGGGAGGGGAGGUUUUCGUCGUGGGGCUCUUACAUCAGAUGAAUCUGAAAGACAAAAUUUAGAAACUGAAAAUUGUAACACAAAUAACAGCGAAGAACAGGUAAGAAGAAGAAGACCCGAGUCUCGGGAUAGGAGACAGAGGCCUGAGGUCACGGAUAAUUUUUCUGAAUCCGAAACGUUUAAUCAGCAGAAUGUUAGAAGUAAUAAAAAACCUUCCAAUUUUAGGGGAAAUAUUUUAAAAUUAAUUAAAAGCGAUGAUCCAGAUGGUGUAGUGCUAGAUAUUGUACAGUCUAGAAGUGGGUUUGUUGAGUAUAUAUCUAAAACACCUGAUCCAAAAGCUGUUUUUAACAUAAUUGAUUUAUUGUGCAAAGUAACAGACUCUAGCUUGCUUGUGCAUAGAAGAGAGGUAAUGGAAGAAGUUGAAAAAAGUUUUCUUCACAAUUUGACGGAAAUAUUGAAUAAGAUAAGUAUGAAAGAUAAAGAUACUUAUUGCCUUUGGCAUUCCAAGGAAAAUCUUCUUCGAUUCUUAAGCAAUGUUUCAAAGUUGAUCAGCAUGGUGGUAACGACCCUUCCGUCGUCAUUAAGUAAGUGCAAAAGUGUGAUAACGGCAAUUAAAGAUGUAAAAGAGGAGCAUAAUGUAAGCGGUAUAGAGGAUGCUCUAAAUGAGGUUGAUGAUGUUUUUAAAAGGGAAAAAGAGGCAAAACAAAGGUUAGAAGAAGCGAGCGAGAGCAGAAAGCAUCGGCAAACUAUACCAUUUGGGAAAGUACCUGGAUUCGAGGAAAUGGGACUUCCGCCCGACAACUUUCGUGAAAUAUCAAUAUUUCCUACUUUAAAAGACUUGCAAGUAGAUGAAAAGCCAUUUCUAAGAGCUAAUAAGACCAAGGGAAAAUACGACAGUUUAGAUACUUAUCUUGAUGUUCAGUUUAGGUUACUUAGAGAAGAUUAUGUCCAGCCUUUGAGAAAAGGUAUCACUGAAUACAGAACAGCCAUUAAGGAAGGGGUAAAAAUAACACGACUACGAGAUAUCCGUUUAUAUCAUGGAGUGCAAAUAUUACGACCAGUUUGUUCAGGUCGCGGUAUCAAUCAUAUACUGCAAUUUGAUACAAGUAAUUUCAAAAGAAUGAAUUGGAUUGCGUCAAGGAGACUUCUGUAUGGCUCACUAGUGUGUCUUUCAAAAGACCAUUUUGACACUGUCUAUUAUGCAACAGUCACUGAGAGGGAUGCAAAAGAUUUAAGCGACGGAUUUAUUCAGGUUUAUUUUGAGAAGAAAGAAGAUAUGCUUGAAAUUCUGCCAAAUGACGUUUUCGUUAUGGCUGAAACUACAGCUUAUUUUGAGGCAUUUCGUUAUGUGCUAGAGGGUUUACAAGAAAUGGAUUGUAAUAUGCCGCUGCAACGGUAUAUAAUUGAUUGUGAAACAACUCUGCAACCACCAAAAUACUUAAUAUACCCUGAUAGACAAAAGUAUGACUUUACCUGCUUAUUAAAAGACGUUACACAAAGCGCAAAAUUCCCGGUACUUGAUACACAAAAAUGGCCACCUGCAUCAGAUCUUGGAUUAGAUUCUUCGCAGUAUGAGGCAAUAGUGAAAGCUAUAACCCAAGAGCUUGCAAUAAUACAGGGUCCACCGGGUACAGGCAAAACGUUCGUGGGUCUAAAAAUAGCGGAACUUCUUCUUAGUAAUUCCAUCUCGUGGAAAAGGAAACAAGAAUGUCCAAUUUUAGUCGUUUGUUACACAAAUCAUGCAUUAGAUCAAUUUCUUGAGGGUAUUUCUAGGUUCUCUGACGGGCAGAUUGUUAGAAUCGGUGGCAGGUGUAAAUCGGACACUCUGCAAUCUUUUAUUCUUAAGAAUAUCAAACGUCAGAGAAAAGAAGAGAAAAAGAUGUCAUUUAGAGUGAUGCAAAGCGAAAGGGACUGUAGAGGUCAGCUUAAAGACAGUGAACGAAAAAUUGAACAGAUAAGCAAUCAGCUGAAGAACACCUCUAUCAAAUUAAUUUCAUACAACAAUCUCAGCCCGUUUAUGACUGAAGAACAAAGAAAUGCUUUCGAAGAUAAUAUAUCAGAUAAUUCAUUGAAUAACUGUCUCUCUAAAUGGCUUUCUUUUGUAAGUCCAAAUGAAGGUGAAACAACUAACGAAUCAGCGCCUGACAAAUUUAAACAAGUUUGGAAACUUGCUAUACUAGAAAAUGUGACAGAUCUCCCUGAAUUCGAACGCAAUUCGUUACGUUACGUAUGGGACCUUGAACUUGGUAGACGUGCGGAAUUGUACAAAUCCUGGAUUUCAGAGUUCAUAGAAAACAUUCGGUUUAAGGUUGAAAAUGAAUCCGGACCAAAAGACCAUUAUCUAAGCCUUUUAUCUAAAGCAAACGACACAAUCCUCGAUAUAGAAACGUUGCUAGAAUACGUUUCUAAGCAAACAACUCGAAUACAGGUUCAAAUGCUCAUUGCUGGUCAGGUAGUCUUAACAGAUAAUGUUAUGAUGAAGUGGCUUGAACUUACAGGCAAAAAGAAAGCUGUGCCAUUGAUUCGGGCUGUACUCGAAACUAUUGCUAGUAAUGAUGGCGAUAAGGGUACAACAGAGGAAAAUGAAAUUGAAAACGAAGAUAAUGAUUUAGAAGAGGAAAGACAGCUUGACGAAGACGAUGAUUUUUCAUAUGACUUUAGCAAACCAAAGGAUAUAAAAAGAAAUCAAAACAAAAGUGAUGAUGAAUGGCUUGUUAAUUUUGACGAAAGAAAGAGCGCACAUAAAGUAAAAAAUAUGUUUAAUUCUGCAAAGAAAUUGAGUGCAGUAAAAGCUGAAUUAUACGAAGAUGUCUGGAGGCUGCCUAACAACGUCCGUUGUGAGCUAUAUUGUUACUGGGUACAAGUAUAUCGCCAAUAUCUUAAAGCCGAAGUUAAAAUUCACGAAGAGGAAUUUAAUAAAGCAACCGAAAAGCUAGCAGAAGUAAGAGAUAUGGAAACUCUGGAAAUACUAAAAGAAGCGAAUAUAAUGGGUAUGACAACUACGGGAGCGGCAAAAUAUAGGAAGCUUUUGCAGUCUGUGCGUCCUAAAAUUAUAAUUGUUGAAGAAGCCGCAGAAGUUUUAGAGUCCCAUAUUGUGACAACAUUGAACGAAAACUGCCAACAUCUUAUACUUAUAGGUGACCACAAACAACUGCGGCCAUCCACAACUGUUUACGAACUUUCUAAAAGAUAUGAUAUGGACAUAUCUCUUUUUGAAAGAAUGGUACGUAACGAAGUUCCAUGUGUAACACUAGAAGAACAACACAGAAUGAGACCCGAAGUAUCGGUUUUGUUACGACAUGCAAAUUUAUACCCACAACUCAGAGAUCAUGAAAGUGUUCUUAUUUAUGACAACAUCAAAGGGGUGGAUGAAAACAUUCAAUUUAUCGACCACGACGAGCCUGAAGCAACACAACAAGAUUCAACAAGUUACUCAAAUCCCCAUGAAGCAAAGUUUAUAGCGGCAAUGUGUCAGUACUUGUUGAAUCAAGGUUAUUUUCCAGACCAAAUCACUGUUAUUACACCUUAUAUGGGUCAGGUACUUCUUUUAAGAAGGGAAAUGCCAAAAGUAAAAUUUGAAGGAGUCCGAAUUACAGCGGUAGACAAUUUCCAAGGCGAGGAGAACGACAUAAUUUUAUUGUCAUUGGUACGAAGCGGGUCAUAUGAUAUUAGAAAAAGUAGAGGACGAAAUAAGAUUGGGUUUGUUGGUAUAGAGAAUAGAAUAUGCGUUUCGCUCUCAAGAGCAAAGAAAGGACUAUAUGUCAUCGGUAAUUUUAAGCUGAUGGAAGCAAAUAGUUCAAUGUGGGAAGACAUGGUGCGUGACAUGAGGGACAAAGGACUUGUGAAAAGAAGUGUGACGUUACGUUGCCAGAAUCAUCCCGAACAAACUGUGUAUGCAGACAAGGCUUCUGACUUCGAUAAGGUACCUAAUGGCGGAUGUAAAAGGCCAUGUGAUGGAAAACUACCAUGUGGUCAUAGAUGUCCUAAAAGCUGUCACAUUAUCGACAGUGACCACAUGAAGGCUUCUUGUCUGAUGCCUUGUAACAAAGUUAUAUGUGACUUUGGACAUAAAUGUGUACAGAAAUGCUAUCAGAAGUGUGGAAAGUGUAACACAUUUAUAGAGAAAACAGUACCAAUGUGCGGGCACAAAGUUAACAUGCCAUGUCACAUGGAACCUUCCAAAUGGCUGUGUAAGACAAUUUGUACUUUCCAAUUGCCUUGUGGACAUCCUUGCAAUAAAUCAUGUCAUGAUUGUACGUCAACCAAGACACAUGAGCAAAAUUGCCAGAAAGAUGUUACAAAGAUACUACCUUGUAAACAUACAGCCGAAAUGAAGUGUUGCGUGGAAAUAAGUUCUUAUACAUGCAAAGUGCCUUGUAGUGAAAUUCUUAACUGUAACCAUAGGUGCUCGGGAACAUGUGGAACUUGCUUUUAUGGACGAAUUCACAAAAGUUGUAAGGGCACUUGUGGUAAACCUCUACCUUGUGGUCACAUUUGCAAAUUUCCAUGCAGUGAAGUUUGUCCACCAUGCACAAGGACAUGCGAGUGGAAGUGUUCACAUAAUACAUCGUGCAAAAGAAAAUGUUGGGAGGAAUGUGAAUCCUGCAGGUACCCUUGUGCUUACACAUGUAAACAUAAAACAUGUGAACAAGAAUGUUACGAAGAAUGUUCAGAUGGUCCAUGCGAGGAACGCUGCAAGAUCGAAUUGAAAUGUGGACAUAUUUGUAGAGGAAAAUGUGGCGAAACUUGCAUAUGCAUCAUCUGUUCAGGACGUAAUUUACGAAAUGAUAUUGGUGAUACAUUUGAUACCGAUUCAGUAUUUAUUCAGCUCCCGAACUGUCAAUGUAUAUUUGAAAUUCGUCGGCUUGAGUUAAGCAUGGAACGUGAAGUUACCUCCCGGCACGGAGAUUUAUUUAAACACUGUCCACAUUGCUCGAAACCUAUAACAAAGAAUAUAAAGCGAUACUCAAAUGAAUUGAAGAGAACACGGAGAAAAAUAACCGAAAAGUAUAGAGUAGUUUUGGGUUCAGAAGCAGACAGGAGAAAAGAUGCAUUAAAGCUGAUGCAAGGAUUCAAGGCACUGAAGAAAUACGGUCUUACGGAAUUAGAGCUCAAACGUUUACUGCUACAAUUUCAAAAUGCAGAUAAUAUCAUUGGGUUGCGCAUAGCAGCCCAGAAGUUAGAUAAACUGAAGGAACUGCUUCCAAUCCUUAACGAUGUAAAAAAUCUCGACAGUUCGGGUAUAGUAUUUUCGAAGUCAAAGAAGGUAGAGCGUUUAGUUAACCCACAACUUCUUCGAGAUACUUUGAUAGAGGGAAGGAAGUUUACAACAAAACAAUUUUGGAGUGAAGUACAAAUGGAAAUUGAUAGACUGCGACUUGUUUUACGGCUAUUCAUUUUGCAAGAGUACUACGAUAUAAAGCACAAAUCAAGUAGACCUGAGAAUGUGUUUGACCUUGUCUUUGAAAUAUUAUCACAUAAAGUUUUAGACGAAAAAACGAUACAGACAUUGAAAAGAACACAAGAGACCCUAGAGCGUGCAAAGGAUAAUGACGCAGUAGACGAGAGAGUCAUUUCAAACCUGUCAUUUGAUUUACUUGUUUUAAAGAGUAGACAUGAAAAUCAACGGCCGACAAAAACCUCCACGGAUAAGAAAACAGACCGUUUUAGAUUUUCAGGGGACGUCAUGGAAGAUGAGACAAAGGAAGUUAAAAAAACAGACGAAUUAUUUAACGAAUUAAUGAAUUUUGAAAAUUCAAGUUCUAAUGCAAAACCAUCUGGUAGAGUUCGUCAACGCAGUUCUAUGACCAAAAUACAUGGUGUACCUGAUCAAAAUGAGAGUAAAAUGUCAGGAACAUCAGUUCAUUCAUUGAGUGUCUCAGUUGCAGACGCUGGUGAUAUUGCUGUCAAGGCACCUUCCUCUGAUAUAUAUUUGGGAUCUGAUUCAUUUGAACCUGUGAGUAUAACAACAUCACAAAGCUCCCGAGAAAACGAAUCUACGGAAUUAACUUCUGAAAUAGAAAUUGUCUAUAAUAAUGACUUUGGCACCCUCGUUUGAGUAUAUUCGGAAGUUAAAAAUAAACAACAACACAAAAACUAACAAACAAAAAA